ACAGUUUUAAACAUUCAGCUUCAUAUAAAGCAAACUACAGAGGAGAUUGAGGAGUUGUCAGAAAUAUCUAUAACGAUCUUUUCUUUAGAUAACCAGUGAUUUGAUCGAAGCUGGUGCUGCCGGCCGUUUGAGACUGAUUGGAAGAGCUGGCACAGGAGUUGACAACAUCGACGUCCCAUCAGCCACCGCAAACAAAGUCCUUGUUAUGAACACACCUCAGGCCAAUUCUCGAUCUGCAGCUGAGCUGACUUGCACUCUCAUUCUCAGUCUCACACGACAUGUUCCACAAGCUGAUGCCUCUAUGAAGGCUGGCAAAUGGGCAAGGAAAGAGUAUAUGGGAGAAGAAGUAAGCCCGAUGUUGAUUGAAACAACAGAUUCCACUUUUGAGCGGUUUAAGAUUUAA